CGCGCGGGGAGUGCACUCAGCGGGAGGCAGGAGCUCACACAUCCACAGGACAAAAGCGGGAGCAAGACGUGAUCUUACUGCUCGGCCACUCUCCGGAGUUUCAGACAACAGCAACAACCAGGUGGAGCUCUUACAUCACUGUGUGAUAUGGCAGAGGGGUGCUUGCUGAAGGGCCAGUCUGGGGCCUCCCUGCUGAAUGUGGGGGAACAGGAGCACACAGGCCUGAGUGAGGAGGCCCUGAGUAUCCUGGGCUCCCCCAGUCGCUUGGCGACCACUCUGCUGGGGCGUACUGUGGCUCUGACCAGGACGGAGGCAGAAACCAGAGCCGGGAGCAGCUGCGAUGAGGAUGGGACCAGCAGUAACUCUGGGAGACGGAAGAGAGAGUUCAUCCCAGAUGAACAGAAAGACGACGGGUACUGGGACAAGCGGCGGAAGAACAAUGAGGCUGCAAAAAGGUCCAGAGAGAAGCGCAGAGCCAAUGACAUGGUGCUGGAGAGGCGUGUCCUGGGAUUGCUAGAGGAGAACGCUCGGCUCAGGGCAGAGCUGUUGGCUUUAAAGUUUCGCUUCGGCCUCGUCAAAGACCCCUCUGAGGUGAGCAUCCUGCCGCUGUCUGGAGCCCUCAGCUCAAACCAGUACAAACCCCAGAGCGCUCCUCACAGCGUCCAACCUGUCCAGAGCCCCCCUUUACAUCAGGUGAGCACAAACGCAACAAGGGGAGACUUACCAGGCCUGUCUGAAGAGUCUCCCAACUCCAGAGUCUACUGUAGUGACCCCCCCACAGACAGGAGCGGGACCUGGGGGCAGGUGGAGGUGUGCUCAGUGGGAGCAGCAGAGGACAGGUAUCCCAACAAACAGGAUUCACCUGAUGGCAUGAAAAGCCUGCCACAUAAGCUCAGGUUUAAAUGUCCCAUCAAUGAUGGAGUAGAGCUGUCCCCCUCAAGUGACACCAGACCCAGAGUGCCCCCUGUUGCCACAGUAGGUCCCAGCGUCCACAUACAUCCACAUCCACAGACAGGGUGGGACAGAGGGGAGCAGAGUAUGUGGGGCGGUCAGGAAGGGAGCUGUCACUACUACACAUUCUCUCAGACAAACACAACAGAGGGUCCCGCAGAGGAGAGGGGUCUCCAGUCUCAGGUCAGCUCUCUCUCUCAGGAAGUGGCCCAACUCAAGAAACUCUUCUCCCAACAACUGCUCACAAAGAUUUCCUAAAAUCUUAAACCAGGAAACAGUGCCAAAACACUUCACAGCAGUUAAAAAGUCUACAUAGUAUCAAAUAAUUUCUACUAUAAUGAAAUAAUUGAGACUACAUCCACAUUUCUGUAUAUGUACAUUUUGUGAAUUUUGUUUUACUUUAUCAAUUCAAAUCUCAAACCAGAACUUAUUUAGAGUCAUUAUAUUUUUUUUUUCGAUAAUCAUUGUUUACACUGUACAUUUUUGACUAAACAGGUGAGUCAGAAACACUGUAUUAAUCUGUAGAAGAAGAAAACAGAUGCAUUGAAGUUCAGUCACAUCAGUGAUACAGCACACAUCAGGGGGCAACUAGUAUAGAUUACUCUCCCCCAUGUUUGACCAAUCAAUCACAUUACCCAGUGUAAUCCUUGAACAAACAGGUGCUAUACUUUUUUGUUUAUAUUCAUAGCCUAGACCAAACUGAACAUCCAGGAGAAUAUUAACUAAAUAACAAGUGUUUAAUCAAGGGUGUACAAAUGUUUUCAUAAAGGUUCAUAUAUGGAAACACACAAAAGAGAACACCAACAGGCUUGUGGAUCAUAAGUGCAUUUAGCAGAGACCCUUUAUUCAGGGUAAGAACUUUGUUACCUUAUCUAGUUUGUUAUGAUGGUAGAUAAGAUUUAUGCAAACAAAAUUCGAUCUCCGCCACAUUUUUCUAUGUGUUUGUUUUUUAUGCAAUAUUGUUUAUAACAGAUGUGAUAACGUAUGUUUUUCCAUUUAAAUACUGUCCACUUGUCCUUAUCAAUUAUUAAAAUUAAACUUCA